AUGCCGCCGGAAUUUCUAAUGUCUGAACAGCGGGUUGGUUGUGUCAAAGUAGUCCUUCCAAAGAAGGAAAUGACCGCUCUCUCGGUUGCGAUUCAAUGCCAGAAGGUGCUCCGAGAUGGAGCCACAGAAGAAUGGCCGUUAGUUGUUAAGGUGGCGAUGGACCAACACGACAACCAAGAUCUCCUCCUCCUCAUCGGACGAGGAAUCAUCAGAGUCACAAAGGAAAUUAUGGAAAAAGAACUCCGUGAGACACACCGCGCUGCUACUGUGCCACCAACCGUCCACUCCACGUACUCCCACGCCACCCACCCCGAGCCAGAUCUAGAUCGAGACCCCCUGCACCAGCGGCCUCCCGUCCCCCCUUCCUCAACCUCCUCUCCUGCGCUGUCCACCGGAGGCCCCCGCACACACGGGAAACUGCUGCUCGGCGUCUCCAGCAGCCAAGGCCGGGCUCCCGGCCUCUGCGCGGCGUCGUCUCUUCCUUCCCCGUCGCCAUCUGUCACCGUCGUCGUCGCGGUCCGGCCCUCCGCGCCGCAGCGUUGUCAUGCUUGUGGUCGAUUCAGCCGGGGAUCAACAACGCCGUCGUCGCCGGUGGCAUGGAUACCAUGUCCAAUGCCCCCAAAUACGCUGCAACAGCAAGAUAGUUUCUUAGAUGGAAACCACGCAGAGUAGUUAGUGUACAGCCAGAGUCCUGUAUGAUAUCUCAAUCUUGAGUAAAGCAUUUGAAUUUAAGCUAGUAGAUAUUGAGCUCUGUGAUUGAAGUGUCUCUGUUGAAUACAUCUAAUCUGAAAAAAUUUCACAUUUGCUUCUCUGAUAAGUAAGGUCUGUUUUCAU